AUGCGAGGAGUGGCCACGUUACGUGCUGGAACGGUGGCAGUGCUGUGCGUGGUACUGCUGGUGGUGAUGUUACAGGCCUCCACGACCGGUGCCGAUCGGUUGCGACCAAAAGGAUACACCCAGACCGUGGAACGGCUGCAGAAGUACUACGACGAGUUCGAAGCUGAAGUGUCGCGGGAAUUCCGCCGCUGGAAACAGGAUGGCGUGAUGUCGCCACACUUCCAACGGCUCGUGACCGCGUCACGCAUCGGUGUGGACGAACGGGCGAAGGAAAUCCGCGAGUUGCCUACGGCUCGCGAAGGACCCAUGUGUACGAUUUGCCGUGGAUUCGGUGGCUCUUUGCUGGAGUUCCGUCGUGAAGGUGCAUCCCGCGAUGAAGUCGCCAACACGGCUGCCGAACUGUGCGAGAUGCUGAACCUACAGGAGGCGUCCAUUUGCCAAGGGUUGAUCGAACUGAACAUCGAUACAAUCCUGUACAUCGUGGACAACCGUCCCGACCUAACGUCGGCGUCACUUUGUGCGGUUGUCUUUCAGUCCGGUGCGUGCGUGUUGAAUGACCCCGUGUUCAGUGGAUGGCAAGUGGACAUCGAUCCGAAUGGCACUCCCGUGACGGCAUCAAAAACCGGUACGGCUCAGCGUGGUCCGAACGAUCUCAAGAUCGUGCAGAUCACGGAUAUGCACUUUGACCCGAACUAUCGUACCGGGUACAACGCGGAAUGUGGUGCACCGGCUUGUUGCCGCGAGUCUCAAGGUAUUCCCGAUGAUCCAGCGGCUGGUGCAGGACACUGGGGUGAUUACCGAGCGUGUGACACACCGUGGAACGCCGUUGAGGAUCUAAUCGAUCGGGUUGCGCAAGAUCAUCCGGAUGCGGACUACGUUUACCACACGGGCGACAUCAUCGAUCACGGCAUUUGGGAAACGUCGGUUGGGUACAACGUGCGCUCGAUCAACCGAGUUAUCACGAAGCUUCGGGACACCUUCCCAGAAACACCCGUCUACAACAUCCUCGGUAACCACGAGGCACAUCCGACAAAUGUGUACGCGCUCGGUGAAAUCGAGCGGCCAGACUUUUCCACCAACUGGUUGUAUCACCUAUCGGCGGACCUUUGGAGCCACUGGUUGCCACGUGCGACUCAACAGACGAUCCGGCUCGGAGGCUACUACACGGCGCUGGUCCGACCAGGACUACGAGUUGUUGCGCUUAACAACAACGACUGCUACACGUUCAACUGGUGGAUCCUGUUCCAACCGGACGCACUCGCGGGUCAACUCCAGUGGCUGCACGAUGUCCUUCUGCAGGCAGAACGGGCCGGCGAAAAGGUGCACAUCCUGGCCCAUCUACCCAUCUCAUCCGAUUGCUUUAGCGUGUGGCAGCGCGAGUACCGACGGGUGCUGGAGCGCUUCCGUGACACGAUCAGCGCUCAGUUCCACGGGCACACGCACAAGGACGAAUUCAACGUGUUCUACGCAAGCGAACGGCCUGAAUUCGCGGUUGGUGUGGCCUGGAAUGGUGGUAGUGGCACUGCACAUACCGAUGUCAACCCCAACUACGUGGUGUACUACGUCAAUCCGGAGACAUACGAAGUGACGGACUUUGAGUCGUUCGCGUACAACCUGACCUCGGCCAACCUGAUGCCGGAUGAGCGGCCCGAUUGGUUCCGCAUGUACUCGUUCCAGGAGGAGUUUGGCUUAAGCGAUCUGAGCCCCGCCGGGGUGGAUGAGAUGAUUCAGCGACUGGGCACGCCUGGAGGACGCGACGAGUUGCGCCGGUACUGGGAAUAUAAGGUGAAGCUGGCAGACGCAUCCCUUGCGACUGACUGCACCGACAGCUGCCUGCUGAAUCACCUGUGCGAGAUCGUCACCAACCAGGCGGAUGAUGUUCGGAAGUGCGAGGAGCUGACGGAGUCCUUUUUCGAUUGAGACCUUAUGCGUUUUAUAAACGUGCCGUCGUGUGGGAGAAGAAACUCCGGAAGGGGCCCCGAAACCGUUUCCUUGAUAUUACCGGAAGCUUAGUGUUAUUACGACCUUCAGAUUUUCGGAGAGCGUUUUGAAUCGCAUUUACC